AUGGCGGCCCCCAGUAGUAAGGAGAAAGCAACCAUGGCGGUGGAGGCGGCAGCCGCGGCUGCUGAGGGUCCCGGGCGGAGGCGGAGAUCGGGAGUGGAGAUGCUGGUUUCCCAGGACACCUCGGCUUCCCCUCCUCAGUGUCCCCAUGGUCCUACUCUUCUAUUUGUAAAGGUGAGCCAAGGUAAAGAAGAGGCUCGAAGAUUUUAUGCUUGUUCAGCUUGUAGAGAUAGGAAAGACUGUAAUUUCUUUCAAUGGGAAGAUGAAAAGUUGUCAGAAGCUAGACUUGCUGCCCGAGAAAUUUACAACAGACGUUGCCAACCUCCCUUGUCUCACAUGCAGUAUGUAAAAAGGUAUUGGAAGUUUAUUGAAUUGCCUUUAUCUCAAAGGAAGUUUUGCCAAACAUGUCAACAAUUGCUAUUGCCCGACGAUUGGGGGAAGCAUUUUGAUCAUCGGGUACUUUGUGAUGUCUCCAUUGCUCAGUUAAGGAGACCCAGUGAACUCUUACAUCCAUUGGAGAAUAAGAAGACCAAUGCUCAGUAUUUGUUCACAAAGAGAAGUUGCCAAUUCUUAUUGGACCUAAUUUGCACUCUUGGAUUCAGAAAAGUGCUAUGUGUUGGAACACCAAGGCUGCAUGAGCUGAUCAGAUUGAAAGCAUCAGGCGACAAAGAGUCUGACGUUAAAAGCCUUCUGCUGGAUAUUGAUUUUAGGUAUUCACAAUUUUAUAUGGAAGAUAGUUUCUGCCAUUACAACAUGUUUAAUCAUCAUUUCUUUAAUGGAAAGGCUGCUUUUGAAACUUGUAGGAAAUUCUUGCAGGAAGAUAAAGGUGUAGGACUCAUUCUGGUGGCAGAUCCUCCUUUUGGAGGCUUGGUAGAACCACUCGCUGUUACUUUCAGGAAGUUUAUGGAUAUGUGGAGAGAGGACCAAAGCCCAGAUAAUAAUAGCAAGGAACUACCAGUAUUUUGGAUUUUCCCCUAUUUUUUUGAAUCUCGAAUUCUUCAGUUUUUCCCAAGCUUCAGCAUGUUGGAUUAUCAGGUAGAUUAUGAUAAUCAUACACUUUAUAAACAUGGAAAAACGGGACGAAAACAGUCUCCUGUGCGUAUUUUCACCAAUAUUCCUCCCAACAAAAUAAUUCUUCCAGCAGAAGAAGGGUACAGGUUUUGUACUAUGUGUCAGCGUUAUGUUUCUUUAGAAAACCAACACUGUGAGAUCUGCAAUUUAUGUACAUCUAAGGAUGGCAGGAGGUGGAAGCAUUGCUUUCUUUGCAAAAAAUGUGUUAAGCCAUCUUGGAUUCACUGCAGCAUUUGCAAUUACUGUGCACUUCCAAAUCAUUCAUGUGCGGGUGCUAAAGAUGGUUGCUUUAUAUGUGGCGAGGCAGAUCACAAACGUACUACAUGUCCUAAUUCCUCUGCACCAAAAAGAGCUAACAAGGCUGUCAGGAAACAGAAGCCAAAAAAAAGGAACAAGAUGAAAAUGGAGACCACUAAAGGACAAUCUAUGAAUCAUGCAACUGUUAGAAGGAAAAAGAAAAAGAAGAGAAGAGGACAUCAAUAUCCCUGCUCUUAAAUGUCCAGUGACCUGAGAAUAAGAUUUACAGCUUAACCUUUGGAGCCAUUUUCUUAAAGUGCUCCACUGGACUUAAAUUCUGUUACUUUCAGGGAUGUGCACCUGAGAAACUUAGUCUUGUCUGGCAGUAUGCUCUCUCUAGUAUAGGUGUUCUUAAUCUUUUUAUUUAUUGUGCCCCCCUCAUAAAACAGACUCUAUAGGAAAACUAAGUCAGGCAGGGAGGUAGGUUCCUUACAAUUGAAAUUCUAUGAUACUGUGAAAAUUACAUGAUUUGACAUUUAAAUCCUAACAACUUUGAUUUUGAAGGGGGAAUUCUAGAAAGUACUUGAGAUCAUGAGAGAAUGUAAAACAAUGAUUCCCAAACUUUUUGCUCAUGGUGCAGUAUUCUUUGUAGUGAGGAAUCACGGCACAUUGAGCAGUUAAGUUGGCAACAAUUAUGGGAGAAUAAGGAGACUGCUGGAGCAUCUGCAGUUUUCCUUCAAUAAUAGCAGCUGUUUUUUUGAGGUCUUUGUGAGUUCAAGGUCUGAUGUGUUUUGAGGUUAGUGUGUAUUAGUAAUAGGGAAAUAUUGUUUGUUGGGUAAAAACUAUUCUUCCUAUAUGAUGUGAUGUAUGCUAGGUAAGUAAAAUUAUUUAUGCAGUUUUUUCCAAUAAUAUCUAGAACUUCACAGCACACCUAACAGAAUUGGUACACAGCAUACUCUUUGAGAACUGCUUAUAUAAAGGAAAAUCAACUACA